AUGUCCCUUCCAACAACAACUGCACAAUGGACCAUCGAGGAGGGUCAGAACGGGUUCGACAGUCUCAAGUUCGACGAGUCUGCCGAAAUCCCCGAGCUUGGCGACCACGAUUGCCUCGUCAAGAUUGAUGCCGUCUCCCUCAAUUAUCGUGAUCUAGCCAUCCCCCAUGGCAAAUACCCCUUCCCAAUCGCCCUCCCCGUCGUUCCCUGCUCCGAUGCGUCCGGCAAAAUCCUCGCCACCGGGCGUCGCGUCAACCGCUUCAAGAAGGGCGACGAAGUCACCACGCUCUUCAACCAAGGCCACAUCGCCGGCCCGCUCACCCCAAGAGCUGUUGGCACCGGCCUCGGCGGCGCCCUCCCCGGCACCCUCCGCAAAUACGGCGUCUUCGAAGAGGACGGCCUGGUGGCUAAGCCUCAAACCCUCUCCGCCGAGGAAGCAAGCACCCUGUCCUGCGCCGCCGUCACCGCCUGGAACGCCCUGUAUGGUCUCCAAAGCAAAGCCCUCAAGCCGGGCGAUGUCGUGCUGACCCAAGGCACCGGCGGCGUCAGCCUGUUCGCCGUCCAAUUCGCUGCUGCCGCCGGUGCAACCGUCAUCGCGACGACGAGCUCGGAGGAAAAGGCCAAGAAACUCAAGGAUCUCGGUGCCCAUCACGUCAUCAACUAUAAAUCCAACCCGAACUGGGGAGAAGAGGCCAAGAAACUCACCGGCGAGGAACAAGGCGUGGAUCACAUCCUCGAGGUCGGGGGUCCCACGACCAUGGCGCAGAGCCUCAAUGCCAUCAAAAUCGACGGCGUGAUCUCCAUCAUCGGGUUCUUGGGUGGCGUGCCAAGGGACCAGCCCAGCUUCCUGGACUGCUUGAACCAUAUCUGCAUCGUGCGCGGGAUCCUGGUGGGCUCGAGAAUGCAGUUUGAGAAGAUGAAUCGCGCCAUCGACGCGAAGAAGAUCAAGCCGGUGGUAGACUUGAGGAUCUUUCAGUUCGACGAGGCCAAGGACGCUUACCAGUACAUGUGGGAUCAGAAGCAUUUCGGAAAAGUGGUCAUCAGGGUGGAUUGA